AUGGAGACAUGUAAACCUUGUUCGACACCUAUCGAGUAUCGUCUAAAGCUGAUGAAAGGCGACGAGGAUAAACGUACGUCGCAACCCUAUCGUGAAUUAGUAGGUUGUCUGAUGUAUGCAGCUCAGACGACAAGACCUGAUCUGGCCGCUGCAGUGAACUUCUUCAGUCAGUAUCAGAGUUGUCCAACGGACGAGCAUUGGACACAUCUCAAGAGAAUCCUUCGCUACAUACAAGGAUCUCUAGAUGUGGGGCUCAUGUAUCGCAGAGGCACAGGAAAAGCGCUGGAGGUGUAUUCGGAUGCAGAUUGGGCCAAUGACCCCAACGAUAGACGAUCAGUGAGCGGAAGCGUUUUCAAAAUGUUCGGAUCGACCGUGGCCUGGAUCACCCGGAAACAACAAACCGUGGCGCUGUCUUCGACGGAAGCUGAAUUGACGGCUCUAUGUGUUGCUGUUCGUCAUGGGGUGUGGAUAUCGCGUCUGCUUCAUGACCUUGGCUGCAAGGUGGAUUUUCCAGUGACCUAUUUCGAGGAUAACCAGUCAGCGAUGAGCAUCGUGAAAGACUCCAAGGGACUGGGAAGGCUGAAACAUGUUGAUGUUAAGCUAUUCUUCUUGAAAGACUUGGUGAAGGAUAGACAGAUUGUCCUCGAGUAUAUCCCAACAGCGAACCAGCAGGCAGAUAUGCUGACAAAGGGACUACCGACCGCAACGUUUCAGCGAAGCUGUUUAGCCAUAGGUUUGGCAAGGUGCAUCGGUUGA